AUGGAUUGCACGGCGGCACCACAGGUCAUUGAGCACCUCAAGGAACCGCUGAACUUCACACCCUUCGACACCAGAUGGGUGCCACAAAGUGCUCGCUUUGUGGUUUUGGGACAGUAUCCAAGGGCUACUGGAUGCAUUUGGGUUUGCCAGCUGAACAAAGGAAAAUGUGAAAAGUUGGCAGAGACCGAACAGCCCAAAGGCUUCAAGUGCGGCACUUUUGGAGCUUCGUCCAUCGAGGUGUGGGACCCGCGGACGGAGGAUCCAGUGCUGUCCUUGGAGCCGGUCGAGGGCGAGACGCCGGCGGAUUGUUGGACCGUGGCCUUUGGCAACUCCUACAACGAUGCAGAGCGGUGCAUCGCUGCAGGAUACGACAAUGGGGAUGUGAAGAUUUUUGAUUUGCGAACCAAUACCCUGAGAUGGGACACAAACGUUCGCAACGGUGUAUGCCAUCUGCAGUUUGAUCGCAAAGACAUUCGGAUGAACAAGCUAGGUGUGUCCACGCUGGAGUCGACUCUGGUGGUCUACGACUUGCGCACGUAUCAUCCCACGGAAGGCUAUGCUGGAAGAAAAGAGAAGGUCACCAAAAGUACCCUGUGGGGUGCGCACUUCUUGCCUCAAAACCGGGAAGUGUUUGCUUCGUGCGGCGGCAAUGGAACGAUCACCCUUUUCAAGUAUUCCUAUCCAGAGGAGAGAUCCAUCAAGGACAAGGAGGGCAUUGAGCGUGGAGUUGCUGGGACCGUGGAGAUGCUGAAUCAGAAGGAGCUUUCUACGCAGCCCGUCAUCUCUUUUGAUUGGCACAUGAACAAGACUGGCCUAUGUGUUUUUGCCUGCCUGGAUCAGACUUGCCGUGUUGCAAUUUGUACCAAGCUGCAUCUUUACUGA